UCGCGUAGGUGGCGACACUCUAGUUUAAUUGUACGGUUGGGAAUUCAUAUUAUAGGGUAGUUUAAUAACUAUAUUUUUAUUUUUAUUAAAUAGUUUAAUAGAUUUGUAAGUUGAUGGAGGUGACGAGAGAAUUUUUUGAAAAGCUAGAUGCUUUUGUCGAUCAAUAUGGAGAUCCAAGAACUAAUGAAUGGCCUAUGGUCCAAGGAAUCACAACCACAUUAGCAUGUGCCUCGGUGUAUUUAUAUUUUGUGUUAUACUUAGGGCCAAAAUUUAUGGAAAAUAGAAAACCUUUUCAUUUACUACCAAUAAUUAAAGUGUAUAACAUAGUUCAGUUGGUAGCAUGUAUCUUAAUUUUUUAUAUGAUUUUGAUUUCUGGAUGGACGACUAAAUAUACCCUUGGAUGUGAACCUGUUGACUCCAAUGCACCACAUUCAAUUCGAUUAGCUAAACUAUUUUGGUGGACAUACAUGUUAAAAUUAGUGGAAUUUGCUGAAACGGCAUUUUUCAUACUACGUAAAAAGGCAAAACAAGUUUCUGGACUUCAUGUUUAUCAUCACGCAUCUACAUUUAUUUUAGCUUGGGCUGCAGUUAAAUUCUUCCCAGGUGGUAUGGCUUCUUUCCCAAUUUUAGUGAAUUCUGUAGUACAUAUUAUUAUGUAUGCUUACUAUCAACUUUCAUCUAUGGGACCACAAUAUCAUAAAUUUACUUUAAAAUAUAAAAAAUAUGUGACUAUUAUUCAACUGAUUCAGUUUGGUAUUCUUGUACUACAUACUCUACAAGUUUUGUCAUCAAGUUGUUCUAUGCCUAAUGCAUACCUAUAUGGAAUGCUACCAGAUAUCAUUGUUUUGUUUUAUUUAUUUUACAAAUUUUACAGAAAUACAUACAUAACAAAAAAAAAAAAUGUAGAGCUUAAAUCGACAGAAAAAAUUAAAUAAUUAUUUUAUCAUUU